AUGACGCGCAAUCAGUCAAGUAAUGUAACUGACACGAAUACUGAUGAGACUACCACAAAUGGUAAUACUCUGAAUGAUAGUUUCAUGGAAUUUCUGACUCAAUUUGAGACAGAUUUCAAUAGUAAUGUACGUGUCGCAGAAGAGAGUCGUUGGACUGAUGAGAGAAGACAAGAAGAAGGUAGCGUUCGAAGAGAAAUGGAGCAAAUUGAGGCAGAAAAAUUGGCUGAACAAAAGCGAAUUUUGGACGAACGAAAUCAUCAAUUGUUGGAAGAGCAACUUGCAUUUGAGCAGCGUAUGCGUGAUGAAGAAUGA